GUCGUGGGACCGGUAGGUGGUAUGCAACACCUCCGCAUCAAAGACGAAAAGAACGGGUAAGGACCCUCUAAAACUUCACUGGAGGCGGAUCCGGGGUUUCGUGAGUUUGCCGUAUCGGGAAAACUGGGUGGACACUGUUGCCACCAGGCAGCUUCUUUGGUGAUAAGCUCAUUACAGUACUACAGUAAUCAUCUCUUUUCUCCAACUCGGCACGGUCCGUAUUUCACAAAUCCCAAUGUCGGCGGUCUAGACUCUGGGCCCGGAAACAUCGAGUCAGCGGCAGCUUCGGCGUGGUAGUGCUUAUUCUCCGGUCAUGUGACCGGACAAGGCUAAUGUACCUCGCUACCUCCUUCUAUCAGCGAUAUCAGUGACGUUCGGGGAUUGGCAGGGUGUUCCCUGUCCUUGACGAGAUACCGUCGAUGCUUCUUUCGUUGUAAGGGGGGGAAGGGAGACGUAACCAUUGGAAACCGUGACUCCUGAACUACUCAUUCAGCUGAUGCCGGGGCACGGACUAGUAAUCCGGGUGUGCCUUUUUGGUGUGUAGGGGGAAGUUUUGGAUAAGAUAUAUAGAUGGUGGAAGGCUUGCCAUCAAUCAGCCUAGGUUCUUUUUGAUGUCAUGUACUGUUAUACUAGCUAGACGCUGUGAAUAUCAGUUGAAUAAUACCUUAUCACAAGCUUGAAAGCCUCUAAAACCUAUAGAGGGUAUCUCAAUCUAAUAUCAUUUGCUUGAAGCAAUCACCAAAAGAAAAAAACCAAAACACAAAAUGUCGCUCUUCAGAUCAUUCUUUGGCAAGCCCGCCGACGAUGCAUCAUCGCAGACCUCCCAGUCCUCAGAAAAGUCAGCCGUCCGCGCCCUGCCGGCGUCAUGGUACACAUCCCAAGACAUGUACUCUCUUGAGCGUCGCGCCAUCUUCUCGCGCAAAUGGCUUCUCACCACGCACAAGGCUCGCAUCCCCAACCCGGGCGACUGGGUCAAGUACAACGUUGCGGGCUACCAGUUCGUCAUUGUGCGCGAUCGCAAAGACGGCGAGAUCCACGCCAUGCACAACAUCUGCCGGCACCGGGCCUUCCCCGUCGUGACCAAGGAGGAGGGCAACAGCUACGUCUUUUCGUGCAAGUAUCACGGCUGGUCGUAUGGCCUCAAGGGAAACUUGGCCAAGGCACCGGGCUACCAAGAGAUUCCGGGCUUCGACAGGGCGCAGAAUGGUCUCUUCCCCAUCCACGUCCACGUCGACUUCAACGGCUUCAUCUGGGUCAACAUGGACGCGGGCGACAAGCCCGAGAUCGCCUGGGAUGAUGACUUCCUGGGCAUCGACAAGCAGGAGAGGUUCCAGCACUACAACUUUGAGGACUACGUCUACGACCACCAGUGGGAUAUGGAGGGCGACUGGAACUGGAAGAUCCUGGCAGACAACUACAACGAGUGCUACCACUGUCCGACUUCGCACCCGGACAUUCCUUCCAUUGCCGACCUGAGCUCGUACUACGUCAACACCGAGAAGGCAUACAUUCAGCACUUUGGCGAGCCGACCGAGGAGCAGAUCGCCAACGGGUUCCGGGUGGCAGCGACCUACUUUUGGCCCAAUGCAUCCAUGAAUGUUUCACCUCACUUCUUCAUGAUCCAGCGCUUCGUGCCCCUGGGCCCCACCAAGUCGCAGAUGCGAUACGAGGUGUACCGCAACAAGAACUCGUCCGACGAAGACUUCAAGACCAUCAGCGACAUGUACAAGCGCAUCAUGUCCGAGGACAAGUACCUCUGCGCCAACGCGCAAAAGAACAUCGACGCCGGCGUCUUCGUCAACGGCGAGCUGCACCCGGACCUGGAAAAGGGCCCGCUCUUCUUCCAAAAGACGGUCCGCGAGGUCGUGACGGAGCACUGGGAGAAGGAGCAGCGCGAAAACGGAGGCGAGGAGAUCUGGCCGGCCAGGCAAAAGGUUUCCGAAAAGGGAAUCGGCGAGGUCACGAAGCAGGAUGACAACUUUUGCAAGAUGGUCGAGUCGUGCGGCAGAGCAAAGGCUGGUAGUAUGGAUGAGGGGAGGAGGAUGUGUCUUGAUGAGGCGAUUGCUUUCUAAAAGUGAUCUGCAUUUUCUUUUAAAAUCUUGUUGAUGGCAUGAUGGGUUGAUGAUGGCGUUUUGAGCGUUGGAAAUUUUACUUUUUUAUUAUGAAGUUUAUAUUUAUUUAUUCAAGCGAGUUUGUUUUUCGAUCAUCAUUUAUGCUGGUUUUGCUUGUGCAUGGUGGUCACCUAUCUCAGCCACUUCGCAUGUCCAGAAAGGAAAUAAUUCGAAGAAGAUCAUCAGGAUAAAGAAGAUUCGUACAGUUUAUGAUUUAUCAUAUGAGCAAGAUGAUUUUCGUUCCAUCUCAUAGAUAAGGUAAGCUUUUUUAUGUAUGCCUGCAAAAAGAAAAUGUG